CCGCUCCUGCUUUUCGCAUCACACACACUAUAUAAAUAUACGCGGAGAUGCCCAGAUACAUUCAUGCGCUGCGUACACAGGAUACUUGUUCCCGGGAGAUAAGGGCGAGCUGGGAACAAUGCCGGGGUCCACGCCCGGUGCUCGCGCCCUGAUUCCCAAAGUCUGCACGAACCCACCCCGCCGCCCCCCUCCCCAACCUUCCCCCCAAGUCCAAGACCGAACGCCUUUGGCCUCCUUCCUUUUCCCGGGGCCGUUGGCCGAAGGUGGCCCUCCUGACUCAUUCACUUUCCGUUUCUUCCCACAGAUACGUUCAUUAAUGUCUUUUCCAGCCGGAGUCAAACUUUUUUGGGGGGGCGGGGGGCGGAAGAGUUUACUGGGGCUAAGGAUAACCUGGAGCCUACCGCCCGGGAAGAUCCGGACGCAGACCGAAGCCGACAGACCAUUCGAAAGUGCAUCCAAUGGGAAGUUUUCCACUCCGGGCCCUCGGCUGCGGAGUCGCACAGACUCGCGGAGCACCCGCUCACCCAGCGACGCGGACGCCGGGCCGUUUCGGACCGACCCCGGCCGUCGGGGGCGUGGACUCGGCUCCGAGCGCUGCGAGCUGAGGGACGUCCUCGGGGCGGCGCGCCUCUGCUCUGGGCUACUGGAGAGCUCCCGGCGCCCGCCGAGGGCCGGUCCCUGCGGCACCCCAGGCCACCCCUCCGCGCCUUCUAGGUCAACCCCCUGGCGCAUACCCCCGACCCGAUGGCCCAAGCCCUGGAGCCCGGGUCUGAGCCGUCCAGGCAAUGCCACCUUGGGCCCCAAGAAACCUACGCAACGACGAGAUGAUCAGUCCAGGCUGGCCGGCGGGUCUGCAAAGCCCAGCAGGCAGCAUCCAUGAAACGCCCCAGACUUCUCGCGGGGAGACCCCCGGGGCCGAUGCUCCAGACCGUCACCCCAUCCAGUUCUGAGGCCAGCCUCCCCUCGGCCCGCCCUGCAGGGCCCUGCGACCCGGAGGCCUCCCGGGUCCCCCAGCACUGCCCCUCUCCCGCUCUAGCUGGGGCACGGAGGGGACCCUCGGGUACUCUCGGCCUGACUCCUCCGCUUCUUUCUCCCCGACUUCCGAAACAGGUUACCUUGUCCACGCUCUCCAGACCACGCUUUGGACUUUCCCACUUUUAUUUAAGAGUCCAUCCGGAGAAGGAGGGGGAAAAAAAAUCCAGAGGAGAUCCGAGUCAAUUGGAAAGAAAAAAUUUCAAAAGGGUGUCCACAGCGGCGAAAAAGCCCAGACUCUGCCGACCUUCAAACGACAACAAGGCUUUCAGGAGGGCGCGGGGAGACCGCUUCCCACCCAGAUCCGACCAGAAACCCGGCACCCUCGGCCACAUUCCCCCUCUUGCAGGCAGAGAGAACUCCACUCUACCACUGGAGGCCCCCUUCCUGGAGCUGGGCAAACACUCAGACCCUUAAUGGCCACCGCAGGCCAGCCAGCGGCUCCCCUUUCUACACCCAGUCCUCCCCCCAGUACUUGAGAAGCUACCCCUGUGGCAAAACAUUGGCCAGGCAGCUCUUCCCAGCUCCCAUCCCAACAGCUAAUAACAGACUGCAUUCACUGCUCUGGUCAGUAAGUCACCCCAACAUUCCUCGUACCCCCUUAACUCCUUUUAGCAGAAGCUGCCUCUCCCCUUGGGAGAACUCAAUGGGGGACGAGAUUAAAAUGAAGACUUGCCCUCCA